AUGGGAUAUAACUCCUGCACAGGAGAGAAGAUUGCAGAUGGUGAUUACAGAACAACUACCAAUUGUGGAGGGAAUGCCAAAUAUAUCCCUGCAAUAAAGCAUGAAGGUGAAUGUACCGAAGUCAUUCAUGAAACGGGAAUUAACUUGAGUGGAGGUCAACGGCAACGCAUCUGUGUGGCUCGAGCGCUCUACCAAAACACCAACCUCGUCUUUCUGAUCAUUGCCAUGAAAGACGGCACUGUUCUUCGAGAAGGGACCCUGAAGGACAUCCAGAAUAAAGAUGUGGAGCUGUACGACCACUGGAAAACUCUCAUGAAUCGUCAAGACCAGGAAUUGGAAAAGGUAAAUGUGAAGAACGGGGGAAUGAAGGUCUGGUUGGAUCCAGACAUGUUGAUAUUUGAGGAAGAGGAGGAAGAGGAAGAAGAUGACAACAUGUCCGCGGCAGCGCCACUCAGGACAAAGAUGCCCUGGAAGACUUGUUGGCUCUAUCUCACUUCGGGUGGCUUUCUUCUGCUCUCCUUGAUGAUCUUCUCCAAACUCUUGAAACACUCGGUCAUUGUGGCGAUUGACUUUUGGCUGGCUCAGUGGACAUCGACGAAUCAGACCCAAACGCUCUGCACCGAAAAGACAUGCCACGUUGCAGUGUUCAGCAUUCUCAGUGGGGCGGGCAUUGUCCUUUGCCUUGUCACGUCUUUGACCGUUGAAUGGAUGGGCCUGACCGCUGCUAAGAACCUUUACCACGAUCUGCUCAACAAGAUCAUCCUCGGACCUAUAAGAUUCUUUGAUAUGACACCUUUGGGGCUGAUUCUGAACCGUUUUUCUGCUGAUACAAAUAUUAUUGAUCAGCACAUUCCACCGACUGUAGAAUCCCUCUCUCGUUCAACAUUACUCUGUCUAUCUGCUGUCGGGAUGAUAUCCUAUGCCACCCACUACUUCCUACUUGCUCUCCUGCCUCUUGCGGUAGCAUUUUAUUUCAUCCAGAAAUACUUCAGAGUUGCCUCUAAGUAA